CGAACUUUUCGUGUGCGCUCGUGGGUUUCCGUAAAGUGACCGGGAACGCGCGCGCGCUCGAGAGAGAGAGAGAGAGAGCGAGAGAGACUUACUUGGGGAAAGUGAGAGACCGGACUGGUUUACCGUGUGUGUGUCUGCGGGACGGAGAGCAGGCUUCCCUUUUCUGCUCCUGUUACUGUGUGGAGGAAUGUGGCGUUCCUGAUCCAGAGAGGAAGGUGAAGUCCGUCCUGCUUAAUUUUUUUCGGAGCUGAAAACAAAGCAGAAGCGAAACCUUCUGAGCCAGGAAAAGCCAGCAAAAAGAACCGGUCCGAAAGAGGGACGAGCAUGGCAUCCGGCGGGUUCAAAGCCAAUGCUGCCACGGAUUUCUUGGAGGAGUGGAAGGCUAAGCGAGAGAAGAUGAGGGCCAAGAUGCUGGGGGACAUUGCCGCGGCGACCGGGCAGUGCCCACCUUCCGGCCUGCAGGUCACGGGCAGCACCGGCACCAAACCCCCAGAACCGAGCAACAACGGAAACUCUGCGGCCGUGAACUGCGUGGCCUAUCCGGUUGUUCGGUCUUCCUCCUCUUCUGCUCUGAGGAGGCCCGAGGAUGAUCCCAACUCCAGGCCAGCCGAGACGCCUAUUAAAAAGGAGCCCAGCCCCCCUGCUGCCACCGCCUGCCCGGACAGCGAUAAGGAGAGCCCCCCGCACGGGAAAGGCAAGGAGAAGAAAAGCUCUGGACCCAGUGCCAGAAAGGGAAAAGGUCAAAUAGAGAAACGGAAGCUGCGGGAAAAGAGGAGGUCAACCGGGGUCGUCAGCAUACCGUCAAAUGAGAGUUUGGACGAGCUGGAUGAUGAUGAUGGAGGGGAGAAGGAGAGGAAGGGGGAGGAAGCACUGACUCAGCACAACACUGUCCAGAACGAGUCCAUGACCUCGGACCCCGCCGGACACUCAAUACAGGACUCUCCAAGAUCUGGCAGCGGCCGCCACAAGGGUGAGGAUGAUGCAGGAAACGGACAUCGCCAAGGUUACAGUCGUCAUGGACGGGACAGUUCAACACCUUCUGGACUGGAGAGGAGGAUUGAGGAAUUGGAGAAGGAGCUGUCUCUGGAGAGGCAGGAGAACACUCGGCUGCUGAAAUCUUACCAGGAUAAAGAGGAACUGAUCGUUAAACUGAAGGAGGAGAUUGACCUGCUAAACCGAGAUCUGGAUGAUAUCGAGGACGAGAAUGAGCAGCUGAAGCAGGAGAAUAAGACCCUGCUGAAGGUGGUGGGUCAGCUGACGAGGUAGAACGUCCCGGAACCCAGAGAAAAACAUGGCGUGUUUCUGCUUGGGCCUGUUCAACAUAACCUGUCCGUGUCUCUGUCUGUGAGGAGGAUGAGGAUGAUGAUGAUGCUGGUGUGGGGAUGAUUAAGAUGAAGAUGAUGUGUGUAUGAUGUCAGCAGGCUAUGAUGUUCUAUUUAAUGUAAAUGUGUGUAUACGUGUACGUACAGCGUUCAGGUUCGGAAGUUUACGAACUGUCGCUACGUUAAAAAUUGAAUGUACCGUCUUGAUUUCAUCCGAUUGUUUUUCUACGUAUGCAGAAAGGGCCCUGACCUACGGCCGUGUGCAAAAGUAUUAGUACCCCUCUACUUCAGUGUACUGUUGAAAUUAUUGUUUUUGAGCUUAAAUAAACCACAUUCACACUCUACCCAGGAAAUUCUGCACAUUUUAAUAGACAAUUACUGUUAAUGUACUGAAUUUAAUAGAUAGUACAUGUACAUUUACAUAAAUAAAAAUGUUUCAAUAAAUAAUAUAAUGCUUUUUAAACUGUAUUAGAACUUUACCAAUAGAAAUGCUUUAAAAUUACUUGGAAUUUAAUUUUUUUACAGUGACUUUUUACAUUCUAUUGAGUUAAGUUAAGAAGUUUUUUUUUCCCUUACUGUUUUGGAGAUAAAAGGUUUUUUUUGUAUGAAAGCAUAGAUGUAUAUAAUACAUAAGGGACAUAUUAUUACAUAAUUACCAAUAUAUAAUCCAAAAAAGACUACAAUCAGAAAUACUAUUUGCAGCACCAGUCAAACAUUUGUACAUUGAAUAUAAAAUAAAAAAUAUUUGUUGCAUUUGUUGCAUCCCAGCAUUACUAUUGGACAAAAAUCCUUGUAUCUCCAUUUUGUCUUUUCCCCUAAAUCUGUCUGAAUAAUUUUUUAUAUCGUAUCAAUAUUUCAAGAUGAAUGGACCAAUAGAAAUACUCCAAAAUGAAAAUUAAGUCUUAAUUACAAUUACAUCCAAAGAGAGACAUAUGUUUUUUUCCUUCUUCUAUAAAUGUUAUAUUAUGGAUAUAUGCAUUUUUGGGAUACAGUGACAAUAUACGCUUUUACAAUAUGAAAUCCAGCAAAUAAUCAAUAAUUGUGAAUUAAAAUGUGCUGCUGUAUAUCACUGAAGCGUUUGCACACGGCUGUACAGUUAUUCAGACUGUCUGAGCUGUGUGUGUGUGUGUGUGGUGUCUGUAAGAUGAAAACCGAGUCAUUGCCACCAAAAUGAAAAGGAAAUGGGUUUUUCUGGCCAAAGUGGGUGUAAUGCCCUGCACAUUACCACUGAGCGUCCAGCACACACUGUGCUUUACCCCCCCACAGUACAGAUGCAUGAUGCAGAGCUCUGAGACCAUCUCAAACUAUUAAUGUUGAUUUGCAUAUUCUAUUUGCAGAUUAUGAUAUGUAAACAUUUUUUAAAUGUAACAAAAUUAAGAUUAAAUAUGUCUGGAUCAGAUUUACAGAAUUUAUUUACAGAAAAUAAAGAACAUUACGUCAUUGUUAGUACAAAAUUUCUUUUUUCUUUUUUUUCUUUUUUAAAUUUUUUGGUAUUAUUUAAAAGCUGCAACUGUUUUUCACACUUUGUUAAAAUUUCAAGACCAACAGACCAUUAGAAAUACAGUUACAUACAGUAAAAAUGUAAGCUUGAUUUCCAUUCAGAGAAAAGAAAUAGGGAUGCACUUUUUUAGGUUUUCAUUAUUAUUUUUAAUGUGAAUUAAAUAAAUAGCCUAAAUGUGUUUUGUUUUGGUUUCCAAAAAAAAUAAAUUACAAAACUACUAGCUAAUAAGUUUAAAUAAUCCAGCUGGUGACAAUUUGAUCACAUCAUAAAACAUCAUUGUUUCUUAUAAAUUAUUAAACUAUGUCAAUUAUUUAGCCAAUUUUUGCAAUCUUAGCUGAAUAAUUUUUGUUGCCAAAUAAUUGGUGCGUCCCAAGUUUGUGUCUUGUUUGUUUUUUCGUUCUGACAGAUGAUUUAUUAGUACUCUGUUAUAAAAUGCAGAAGAAGGAUGCAUUAAAAUGGUAAAAUUUUAAUAUACAGGACAGUAUUAUUAAUUUCUAUUUGCCCAAUCUAUUAUUGCCCAAAUCUAUUAUAGCAUAUUUAAAAUAGUGUAUUUUUUAUAUUAUAAAAUACAUCUUUCAUUUGAUAAUGUUCCUGAUAUUUUGAGUUGAAAUUAAAACAAUUCUAGAAUGAAUAAAGUUCGAUUGUUUUCUUUUUAUUUGUAAAAGAAAAACAAAAACAGUAUAUACUUGAAGACUGGUAAAAAUAUUGUCUAUUAAAGUCAUAAUUUGGCAAAACCUUAAUUAAUAUAAAUAUUUUUAUUUUGUACACUAUGUCGUACCCCAAAUGUAGUCAUGGAAGAGCUCACUUCUUCAGUCCUGCACUGAGGCUACAAAGGCUAAUAUAGCUAGCAUUAGCAAUUAGUAGUAUGCUAACUGCACUAAAUCAUUACACUCUCUUCUCAAGCUGUGUAAUUUAUAAUUGUAAUAAACCUGAUUAUAUGGUUUCUGGCUCUGUAUAAAUCACUGAAAUCUAUAAACAUAGACUUAGUUCUGCUAGCACUGCUAAAAGCAGUUAGAAGCAUGUUUAAAACUUUUUCUUCUGUACUUAAAUUUGUGUUCAUUGCUUGGUAGCCUGGAUUAUCAUUUUUGUCAGUGUUGCAGAUAAUUGUUAGCAAUACUUAAAAGCUAUAAAUCACAAAAACGAUAGGUCAUACAAUGUCAGAAACCACAUAAUAAGCCAAUUAGCCAUGGUUUGAGGUCUUUAGGUGAUACAGUUAGCAUCAUGCUAGCUAGCUAACUGCUAAUGUUAAUUAGCUGCUAUAGCCUCAUAGCUGAAGCCCAAGCACCAAACAUUUUUUGUUUUUAGCUGAGUAAUGACAUUGAGAACGGUGUGAAUGUGAUAUUUUGUUUUUUUGACAGAUUCUUGCUUUAAAAUUGACUUUCAAAUCAUUCCACACCAUAGACACUUCCAGACGAACAACAGAGUUUUUUUUCUAGGUUUUGAAGAGUAAGCGUGCUGUAUGUGUGUAAUUUUCUGUCAAAUGCAUAAUUCAGAUGUUUACAGUUUGUUUAUUUGUGAUCUCAUUAGGUGUAGCUAUUCAUGAUAUAUGGUUAGUGAGGUUUCUAGGCUCUAGGCUCCUGCAGUGUGUUUUACCAUAACCAAAUCAGCCAGUGGAGGAGGCCAUAUACACAGAUCUACCAUAAUAUAAUCACCUGCUUAUUUCUACACCUGUUAUCCAUGUAUUCAGCUCCACUGAUCAUAUACGUUCUGCAAUUAAGACAGCAGUGCUGCUGGAGUUUUUAAAUACCUCAUUCAGUGUCACUGUUGUACUGAGAACUGUUCUACAACAGCGUCUUGUUGGCAGCAUCCUGUGGGACGGAUGAAGGACUAGAGGAUAACCAACACAAACUGUGCAGCAGCAGAUUCAAAGCUUCUGUCUCUGACUUUCUGACUUUAUCUACAAGGUGGAGCAGAUAGAGGUAGGAGUGUGUAAUAGAGUGAGAGAUUAAACUCAGUUUUUAAAAACUCCAGCAGCACUGCUGUAUCUGAUCCACACUUACUCACAUACUUGCUUACACCAGUAAUGUAUGCAGAGGAAAAGACCCCAUGUGAUCAGUGGAGCUAAAAAAAAUGAACGGGUGUAGAAACAAGGAGGUGGUCAUAAUGUUAUGUUUGAUCAGUGUAUUAGCUAUAUAGGCAGCGUAUCAUUCCACCACUGGCUUUGUUGCUCUGUAUCGAUGGGUUUUAUAUAGGCAGAAAAGCAGCAAUUCUAGCGAAGGAGAACAUUUCGUUUUUUUAUCUUUGAGACAAAUCUACAUUUUCUCUCUCUCUCUCUCUCUCUCUCUCUCUCUCUCUCUCUCUCUCUCUCUCUCUCUCUCUCUCUCUCUCUCUCUCUCUCUCUCUCUCUCUCUCUCUCUCUCUCUCUCUCUCUCUCUCUCUCUCUCUCUCUUACACUGUGCCUGCCUCUCUCGCCCCUCUAUGCAUUAUGCAUGUACAGAAGAUGAAGUCAUUUAAUAAAAGUUUGAUUAUCUCUCUA